AUUCAGCAGGUGCACUCUAGAAUAAAAAUAUGAAGUAAUAAAGAAAAUACUAAUUGAAGUGGUAUUAAUAAAAAGUCAUACCAAAAAUAAUUAAAAUUUCUCGAAUCAUUCAUUGUGACGAACGUUGGCUGAUACUAUGUAGUAAACAAAUAAAUUAUAUGGGAUUAUUAAAGCAAAAUAUGUACUCACCGUGUUGUCAUUGUAAAAGUAUUAUAGAAUUAAUCUAAUUUUGAACAUUACGGAAGAAACCCUUUAAUUGUCUAACAAUGUCUAUAACAAUACAUCAACUCAUAUCAGAUGCAAAAGAAUUAGCAAAUCGUUUAAAGGAACGUGAAAUGACUGCAGAUACAUUGUUAAAUGAAACACAGUCGAUCAAUAAAAAGAUUGAUGAAAUCCGUCAAUAUCAAGAGGAAGUUGAUGUGUUAAAUGAAGUAGCUCGUCAUAGACCACAUUCACAAUUAAUUGCCAGUAUGCAACAAGAUAAUCGAAAUUUUCGUGAAAUACAACAAGAAAAUCGUGAGUUACGAGCUGCUUUGGAAGAUCACCAGGCUGUUCUAGAACAUAUCAUGUCAAAAUAUAGACAACAUACAGCGUCAUUAGUUAGAAAUACACAAAAAGAUUAUUUACCAAUGCAUUUUAAUCAAGAUUCAGAGAUUAUAAGAAAACAAAGUGAAAAAAUAUCUGAAAUGGCUGCUGUUAUGAGAGCAGCAUCUUGUUGUGAGGAUUCGCAUAUAAUUAACAUGGAAGAAACACUUCAACGGUUAAUAACAGAAAAUAAGGGUUUACGUGAAAUGUUGGAAAUUUCAUGCAAGUAUGGUUCAUGCAAUAUUGAUAAAUUAUAUAAAAAAGAAGAUAAGGAUAGUCAAACUGAUUUAACAAUUGAGACGGAUUCGAAUAAAAAAGAUCAAUGAAUUUAAAAUAUAUCAUCUUCUUAAACUAAGGAAUUCUUGUCUGUUUUAUUAUUAUCUAAAACAUACAAUGAAUUAUCAACACUGUACUGCUGUGCCUAAGCUAAUUUAAUUUAUUUACUCGUUGAAUAAAUGUCAUGUCGUUCGUCUUAUAUAAAAUAAUUGCAUGCAGAACUGAUUUACAAUCUGCAGUAAUUUAAAAAAUAUUUCUGAACUUUCUUAUAA